AGGGUUGACACAAUAAAAUGUCUCAAGUCUCUGGGUUGUCGACGCUCUCCUCACACAGGAUCUCGACAAGCUGCCACAUUUUGUGUCUGCAUGAAGAGAUAAUUCGCCAGCUUUUUGCCUAUCUACCAAGUUUGUGUGACAAGGUGCGAUUUGCGUGUGUGGCGCCCAAAUUUCGUCAUGUAUUCAAUUCUUGGGCUCGAGCUCGAAAACACAGUUUAGAUGCGGAGGAUGUGGAGAGGAUGCAGUUGCCCGAUAUAAUAGAUUUCUUCAAGGUGGCAGGACCAUAUAUAACCAUAUUGAAUGUUAACUGCGCUUCCUUCGAAAAGGAAUCUCUCAUUGUGGAAUUCAUAGCGGAAUUCUGCAAGAAUCUGGAGGAGAUCAACUACACCAAUGUGACUGAUGAGUUCCGAUAUCGCAUAUUGUUAUCUCGUCUAGCUCGACUUCGACGUGUUAGCAUUGACUGCAUGGAUGCCGAAGACGUAUUAAACUUUGAUCUGGAAGGGAAUCCGGAUUUGGAAUCCUUUGAGCUCAUCAAUGGCUGCUAUACGGGCAAACACCUGUGCGGUUUUCCCAAACUUCAAAGACUUGUGCUGCGGGAUUGCUUGCUGUGGAAUUCUGGGGAGUUUGGGAUUCCGCUAAAGAAUCUACGCAUACUCAUGCUGGACGAUUGCUGCUUUGAGGUAAUGAAUCAUUCGCUCUACCAAAAGAUAGCCGAAUGCUGUGAGAAACUCGAGGAAUUAUCAUUCUCCGGCUGUGAUGCGAGUUUUGAAGUUAUAGCCCAGUUGCCGAAUUUACAACGUUGCACGUUGAAAACCUGGAUGACCUCAAAUGAACUCAACUUGGGUUUCCUCACCACCUUGGCGGAGAAGAAGGGUAACAUGCUGGAGUAUCUGAAACUCUCCGGACAGUUUGAAAUUAGCAAUGAGCAUGCACGCUGUCUGGGACAGUUGAGUUCGUUGAAGGAAAUGCAUUGGAGUGAUAAUGAUGUGUUGGAUGACGAUCACUUUAAGUUCUUUAAUGAUCUGCCUGUGCUGAGGCUAUUUGGAUUGUCUUGGUGUGGACGUGUCACAGAUAUUGGACUCAUGAGAUUGAUACGCAAAUGUCCACAAUUGAAUCGCAUCGAUUUAAAAAGUUGUGAUCAAAUCACCGAUCAGUUUGUUCUCAAUGCUGUAUAUUGCUGUGGCAAGAGCACGGGUCGUGAAUUGUUGCUGAAUGUGGAGGGUACCAGGAUAGGGAAUACAGUGCUGACGCAUCCCGAGUAUCUGAGUCCACAAAACAAAGUAAAGCUCAACUUUACAAAUGUUGUGAUCUAAAUUAUUGAGACUAGGAAGCGCCUGUCGAUAUUUAUGAUCAAUUUCAGUUCACACAAUGAUCCAUUAAUGAUCCGUAUCUGGUAAUUGAUAGCGCACUAGCCAUUUAAUAAUUGAAGCGAGAAUCGAAUCGUUUUUACAAAUAUCUACGCUAAGUUUCGUUGCAAUAAAUUUCCCAUUCAAUUGUGUUGCUUGAACUUUGCUGUGCACCAAUUGCAAUUGAAAUUGAAAU